AUGAUUAAGUAAUAAAAUGAAUAGUUGACAUAAAAAAUUGAUAAUCUCGAAAAAGAAUAAUAUAAAAUAUAUGAAUUCGAAAAAGAAGUUGAAAAAAUGAAGAACUUAAUUUAUGAAUAAAAAUCAGGUAUAAUACUUAUUAAGUAUUUAUAGAAAAUGAAAUAGUACAAAAUAAAGUAAAAUCAUUAUCUUAACUAUUUUAAGAAUUGGAAGUUAAUAAUUCUAAAGUUGUUAAAUUUGAAAUUCAUACAGCAUUUAAAAAGGUUGAUGAAGAACUUACAUAUUUUAAAAAUAGACAAUAAUGCUUUUAAGAUUAAUUAUAAUUAAUGAAAGAAUAAUUUUAAAAAUCUGAAAUAGCCUAAACUUAAUUUUAAAAUGGUGUAAAUGAAUAAUUUGAUUUAAUAUCUGCUGAAUUAGUUAAAAAGAAAUAAAUUAUCAAGUCAAUGCUUAAAAAUAUUGCACUUCUUCAGUAAUCGUAAAUAUUUAAUCAAAUAAAAAAGGGAAAAAAAUUAAAUUUAAUCUGAUUUACCAAACAAAGUGGCAAUAUUAUUAACAAAAGUAUCAUCUCUUGAAAAAACAUCAAAAAUAUCUUUCGAUCAAUUAAAAAGAAUAUUGGAUGUAGUAUAAGAAUUUUGUGAAACAUCCUAAAUUCCUUCAGAAAGUAAAGAAAAAGAUCUCACAAAUCUAAUUCUCUUGUUAGAUAGAAGAAUGUUAGAAUAUGGAAAAUCUAUAUAUGAUCAAUAAGUUUAGUUAGUAUAAAACAAUACAGUUAGAAUAAACACUCCAAGAAUAUCAACAUCAGUAGAUUCACCAUUCAAAUUGGGUAAUUAAAAACAAAAAAAGACCAAAUUAAGUAAAUUGUUAAAUAAGACAGUAUAUUAUGAUAGUAGAAGAGAAACUAUAAUUUGAA